ACUUCUUCGCCUUAAGAGGUUUGAGCCUGAAAUAAGCAGGAGGUUGAGCUCAGCAAUGGCUGACUGCUUGAGUAAAGUCCCGGACGUGGAGAUCGACCCGGACGGGAAAUUUAAAUACAUUUUAGUGAGAGUAAAGGUUAAAGGUGGAACCGACCACAAGGACAUAGUGAGAGGCACAAAGAGUGCUGAGUACCACAAUCAUAUCUUUGAAAAGUUGAGCCCUGCUAUGGAUACUCUAGGUCUGGAGUGUACCUGCCUUGGUGGUGGAAAGAUAGAGCAUGACAGCAACAAGAAGAAACUAAGAGUGUUUGGAGAGUCUACGUGUUUUAGGGCUAUGGAAAGGCUGACCAUGCAGUCACAGUGGGAAAACUGAGAGCUGUCUUCAAAGACUACGAGAUCACGAUGGAAUGAAAAAAAAAGGGGUUGACUUUUAUGAUGCAUUAUCUGUUUGACAUCAAUGUGCAAAUAGCUACCUUUCAGUAUUCACAGCAAUAUGUAUGUUACUUUCUACAGUAAAAAUGUUGAUCAGAUCGUGACAAAUAAAACUACUAAAGCUACUGUA